AUGUCUCUUUUUAUCGGCAGACUUGCAAUCGACACUGACCGACGCGAUCUCGAAGAUAUAUUUGACAGAUAUGGUCGCAUGACUCGGUUAGAGUUAAAGAGAGGCUAUGCAUUUAUUCAUUAUCAGGACGAACGAGACGCAAAAGAUGCGUUGAAGGACGCGGAUGGCUUACGAAUACACGGUCAUAGAAUUAUAGUCGAAUGGGCGAAAAAUGGAGGACGAAAACCAGGCGAGAAUGAAUGUUUCAAGUGUCGGAAAGAAG